GUCCGCCCCGCCUCCUCACGCGGGGGCCGCCGGGGCUCCCUGGCCUCCUGUCCGGGUGCGCGUCUUGAACAUGGACGCGCGCCGCCUUUCCGGCUCGCGCGGUUCGCCGGGCCUGCGGAGCGCCGUCUCCCUUCCGGACGCUUGACGCCCCCAGGCUCUGCAUCCGGGUGGGCUGCCGGGCACGAUGCGUAUUUACUUAUUUCUGGUUAACUGACUGGCUGAUGGGCCGCAUUGGGCCUUCCUCGCUGCGCGCGGGCUUCCUCUAGCUGCGGCGGGCGCGGGCUCCGGGCGCCCGGGCUUCCGCGGCGGCGGCCCCCGGGCUCAGCAACUGUGGCGCAGGGGCUCGGGCGCUGGGCGGCGUGAGGGGUGCGCCCUGCGUGGGCGGCGGACGCUUACCCGCCGGGCACGCCCGGGGCGCCUGCGCAAACGCGGCUCGGCGCUCGUCUGCCCCGCGCCUGGGCGGGAGCGGAGCGCCGCUCUCCCGCGGGUGCCGGCGUGGAGCCCGCCUUCCCAGCGCGGGGGCAUGGCUGCGCCCGGAGACGCCGUCCCCUCCUUGUGGGAGUGCCAGUGCCAGAUCUGCGUGGAAAUCCUGAUCGAGCCCGUGACGCUGCCUUGUAACCACACGCUCUGUAAGCCGUGCUUCCAGUCGACUGUCGAGAAGACGAACCUGCACUGCCCCUUCUGUCGCCGCCGCGUCUCUUCGUGGGCCCGGUACCGCACGCGAACAAACUCUCUAGUCAACGCGGAGCUGUGGGCGGUCAUUCAGAAACACUACCCGAAGGAGUGCCAGCGUAGAGCCUCUGGGCAAGGAUCGGGGGACAUCGUUGAUGACUAUCAGCCAGUUCGCCUAUUAAGUAAACCUGGGGAAUUAAGAAGAGAAUACGAAGAGGAGAUAAGCAAGGUGGAGGCAGAGCGACGAGCCCAUGAGGAGGAAGAAAACAAAGCCAGUGAAGAAUACAUACAGCGGUUGCUGGCUGAGGAGGAAGAAGAGGAAAAGAGACAGGCAGAAAAAAGGCAAAGAGAGAUGGAAGACCAGCUGAAAAGUGAUGAGGAGCUGGCAAGAAGGCUGAGCCUCAAUCUUAAUAAUUUCUGUGAGGAAUGUGUCUUGGCUUCGCCCUUGAAUUCCAAAAAAUCUGAUCCGGUUACAACCAAGUCACAAAAGAAAAAUAAGAACAAACAACCAAACACUGGAGAUAUUCAGAAGUAUUUGUCACCUAAAUCUCAACUUGGAUCAGCAUCACAGUCUGAAGUUGUACAAGAAGACAGGAAAAGCUCCGUGUCUAAGGAAACUGACAGCGGUGAUGUGAGGAGCCCUACAUGGCAAGACACAGAAACUGAGGAAGAUAUGCCAACACUUUCUCCUCAAAUAUGUUUUGAAGUUCAAGAACAAGGUGCAGAAUCUUCAGUGGAGUCACCUAUGCCUCAGUUAUGUGCCAGUGGUAUAGAAUGGUGCCUUGAAGGAAAAGUCAAGAUAAGACCAAGCAAUCAUGAGAAAGAGUUAUAUGUCGUAAAUCAUGAGGGACCUGAAGCCAACGUUCCCUACUCUGAAGGUGCUGCAGCUGAGCCUUGUGGCAACACAGAGAGUGGGUGCGCUGUAUCAGAUAGGAUGCAGAUAAUUAGAAAUAACACAGUUGAGACAGAAAAUGAAGAGUCUCACCUACUGAUCAAUAAAGAUAUCUCCAAAAGAAAAAACCAGGAAUCUUUGUCUGAAGCAGUCAGGGAUCCAUGCUUUUCUGCAAAAAGAAGAAAAAUGUUCCCCAAAGCUUCCUCAGACAAAGAGGAAACAGAAAUCAACUUUACCCAAAAACUGAUAGAUUUGGAACAUCUCCUUUUUGAGAGACGUAAACAAGAAGAACAGGAUAGGUUAUUAGCAUUACAGCUUCAGAAAGAGGUGGAUCAAGAACAAAUGAGGCCAAACCGGCAGAAAGGAUCCCCAGAUGGAUACCAGCUACGUGCUACGACCUCACCUCCAGACAAAUUGCUAAAUGGACAAAGGAAGAAUUCCAAAGAUAGAAACUUCCAAAGACAAACGGAUCUAGAGCAUCCAAAACCUAGGAGAGGCUCAGUGAAUGAAAAUCGGCAACCUUUUAAGAUCAAGUUGAAACGUUCAGUUAAUGGAAGAAAGAUACCAAAUGCUACUAGAGGUGAUUGUAAUGUACCCAAAACUGCGCGUUCCCUACAGCCUAGUAGGUCACAGAAAAGUAUUUUUCAAAUGUUUCAGAGAUACACAAAGUAAUGCUUGGCUUAAUAGCUGUGAUAUACUAAGUUUAAGUUGAUAGUCCUUAUGGAUAUAAAAAUGCCUUGGCCAUCUCCCAAGAAAUCUUCAUUUCCAUGCAUUUCCCCAAAAAUGCGUAUUUUGUGGCCUUCACGCAUCUUUUUGUCCUGACUAGUAAUCAAAGCAACAUUGUAAUAUACCAAGUAGCAAAGAAAUCCAGGCAGG